AUGGGCGACGAACACUCUCUCAUCCCAAAGGAUAGUUUCAUUUUCAAGCUUCCUAAAAAAUCACCACUUGUGUUGAGAAUGGUCGUUCUCAUGUUCGUGAUGGUCUGUGCUGUUUACAUUUGCUCAAUCUGUCUGAAACAAAUCGGCGUUGUCCCGAGCGCUGGUUUCUUAAACGUCGAAGUGUUUGAGAAACAAUGUCCUGAGCCUAACAUCGAACCAUGGGACAUACCAUAUGUUCAUUACCCCAAACCUAAGACUUAUAACAGGGAGGAGUGUUCUUGCAAUCCGGUUAGGAAUUUUGCGAUUCUCUCAAUGCAGAGAUCUGGUAGCGGCUGGUUUGAGACUUUGCUUAACAAUCACACUAACAUAAGCUCCAACGGAGAGAUCUUCUCCGUUAAAGACAGAAGAGCCAACGUGUCGACUAUUUUCGAGACCUUGGACAAAGUUUAUAAUCUAGAUUGGUUGAGUAGUGCCUCGAAGAACGAGUGUACUUCUGCUGUUGGUUUGAAGUGGAUGCUUAAUCAGGGUCUAAUGAAACACCAUGAAGAGAUUGUAGACUACUUCAAAACGAGAGGCGUCUCAGCGAUUUUCCUGUUUAGAAGAAACCUAUUGCGCAGGAUGAUAUCGGUUCUAGCAAACUCUUACGAUAGAGACAAUAAGAUGUUGAACGGUACUCACAAGUCCCACGUCCAUUCCCCUAAAGAGGCUGAGAUAUUGGCGCGGUACAAGCCGUUAAUCAACACAACGCUUUUGAUGGCUGAUCUGAAGCAGGUUCAAGAGAUGACCUCAAAAGCACUUUCGUACUUCAAUACCACACGACAUAUCUUCCUCUAUUACGAAGAUGUUGUCAAGAACCGCACCAAACUAGACGAUGUGCAAGAGUUUCUGAAGGUUCCAAAACUGGAGUUAAAGAGUAGGCAAGUGAAGAUUCAUCACGGUCCAUUGUCGCAGCACGUACAGAAUUGGGGGGAGGUACAAACGACGCUGAAAGGGACGGGUUUCGAGAACUUUCUACUUGAAGAUUACCGCAAGUGA